GUUCCCCAACCGUUGUAUAGUUUGUAAGCAUUGUGGUCCUCUCACUCUGCUCCCAGGCCUCCCAGGCGCUUGGGCUUAUGCAUCUUGCCAUUGCUGCUGGUGCUGGAAUGGCUGGGCACUUGCUGCUGCACAGUCUUCUCCUGUCACUUCCUCUGACUGCUGGCUGGACUGCUUCCAAUUGCCUAGUGACAGAAGGCUCCUGGCUGUCCCUGGUCUCCCGCUUCUUCCACAUCUGCCCCUUGGACUCCAGACUGUCCUUCCUUGCUUCAUGCACCCAGGUGACCAACCUGACACAAGCCUUGGAAGUCGUGCCUCAGAGCGUGGAGGGGCUCUGUCUUGCUGGUUCCAUUUCUAUUCUGCCCCAGGAUGCCUUCUCCAACUACCCUGGACUCAAGGUCCUAGGGCUGAAUUUGCAACUCACCCAACUCCUGCCAGGAGCUCUCCGAGGUCUGGGGCAGCUGCGGGAGCUCUCUUUUUUAGCUUCUCCCUCAAAAAGCUACCUCUUUCUACACCCCAAUGCCUUUGAUGACCUGAGAUCCCUCCAACGACUCAAUUUCUUGGGCCCCUGCCUGGACAGGAACUCAAGUGUCCAGUUGCCUACCAGUCUACGUUGGCUGGUCGUCAAGUACGGUUGCCUUCAGGACAUGGGGGAACUGGAUGACAUCUUCCCAGAUCUGGCUCAUAGCGCUUUCUCUGGGGAUGCCCGGACCCUGGAUGUGUUGGAUCUAUCAUUCAACAGGAAGCUGAAGAUAGCCAGUCCUGGGGCCCUCCAGGGCCUCAGGCUGGGGACUUUGUAUCUGGACCACACAAAGAUGGAGGCAGCUGGAGUGGUGAGUCUGGGGCUGCAGAGGCUCGACAAGCUGUCGGUGUCAUUCACUGUCACUGAGUUGCCUGCUGAAGCAGUGGCCCAUUUUGAGCUGCAGGAACUGGAUUUGGGGAGCAAAAGGAUAGGGAAAAUAACUCUGGAAGCCCUGGCUUCCUGCCACAGCCUUCGGAGGUUAGGCCUGAAGAACAGUGGCCUAACUGAGCUGCCACCAAAUUUUCUGGCUGCCAUGCCCAGGCUUGAGAGAUUGAACCUGGAUAGAAACCAACUGCAGAGUGUCAGGCUGUGCAUGAAUGAGACAGGGCUUGUGUCAGGACUGUGGACCCUGAAUUUGUCUAACAACGGGCUGCGCACCCUGCCCCCAGCCACUUUCUCUUGUUUGCCCCACCUGCGGGAGCUGCUGCUUCAGGGAAACCAGCUGGUGAGCUUGGACAGCCAGGUAUUCCAGGACUUACGGAGGCUGGAGAUCUUGGACUUGGGUAGAAAUCCACUGGUAAACCUGGGUGAGAGCUGGUUGGCUCCUCUGCCUUCACUGACCACUCUAAAUCUUCUAGACACCCACAUAUCGUUUAGGUCAACUUGGGGCUCCUGGGGCCCAGAGAGUUUGCACAACUUGAGACUGCAGCUCCCCUCUGCCCCUGCUGGGGUAGCAUUGUCCUUGCCUGCAGGGCUGACCAGCUUGGAACUUCAUGCAGUCCCAGGCAUGAAGCCCCAGAAGCUGUUUCCCAGUGUCUUUCCGAUCUUACAGAAUCUGACUUUAGAUGGCUGGGGACUGCAACUGGGGACCCAGAACAUCUCCGAAAUCUUCCCUGCCCUUCGUCAACUCACCCUUCUUGGCAGUAGCCUGGAGGCCCUCUGCUCCCAGGACUCUUUCAACUUCUUCCUCUGGCAGCUCCCCAGGCUCCAGUCCCUGAAGGUACGAGGGGACGGGCACAGCCCCAGGCCCUGCUGCAUUACAGGGCUGCCCAGCCUACAAGAGCUGAGGCUAGAGAUACUGGAGUACAGAGCUCGGCCGCGCCCAGUGCAGCUCAAGGAGCUGGUGGGCAAGCUGCCGAGGCUCCAGGUGCUGCGGCUGGCCAGGACAGGGCUGGAGACGCUGUCAGCUGCUGCUUUCCAGGGCUUAGGCAGUCUCCAGGUCUUAGUGCUAGACUGGGAGAAUGGCCUUGUGCUGGAAGACAGUGUGCGGGAGCACAGCCCUCGGAUGCCCCAAUAUGUGUACAUUCUGUCGUCGUCCUUGGCCUGCCAGUGUGCCAAUGCAUGGGUGGGGCCCUGGUUUGAACGGUCCCCCAGGUCAUACAUAUGGGUACAAUCACCACAGCUGUGCCACACAGAAUCGAGGGACCACUCUAAGAAUCCUCUUUUCCCCUUUCUCUUGAACCACUGCCCUGAGACCUUGGAGUUGGAGCUCUUUUUGGGCAGCUCUGCCUUGCUGCUUCUACUGAUCUCCUUGCCCCUUCUACAGGAAGCCAGGAACUCCUGGGUCCUGUAUCUCCAGGCCCUGUUCAGGGCUUGGCUCCAGGGCUUGAGGUGUCGGAAGCAUGAGGGAAAGAAUUUCCUCUAUGAUGUGUACGUGUCCCACUGCAGGCAAGACCAGGGCUGGGUGGUGCAGGAGCUGCUGCCUGCUCUGGAGGGCUGCCCUCCGGAUGACCAGGGGCUGCGUCUUUGCCUCCCCGAGCGAGAUUUUGAGCCAGGCAAGGAUGUGGCAGACAAUGUGGCAGACAGCAUGGCGAGCAGCCGGGUCACACUCUGUGUGCUGAGUCACCAGGCCCUGCACACACCCCGCUGCCGUCUGGAGCUCCGCCUGGCCACUUCACUCCUGCUGGCUGCCCCUCAUCCCCCAGUGCUGCUGCUGAUCUUCCUGGAGCCCAUCUCCCGCCACCAGCUCCCCCGCUACCAUAGAUUGGCCCGGCUGCUCCGCCGAGGAGACUAUUGCAUAUGGCCCAAAGAAGAAGAAGAAAAGGACAGCUUCUGGGCUUGGUUGAGGAGCAGGCUGGGGCAGCCCGGGUGUAGGCAGAUGGGGUGUAGGUAGAGGGCAGAGGUAGGAAAGGCAAGCCACCUUGCAGGGAGACAAGGGAGGCUGAAGGAGAACAGGUGGAAAAUGGCAGGAAGCCAUGCUGUAUGUGAUAUGAUUUCAACAUCUCCAAAUCUUCCAGUAAAUUUACUAAGUCCAUAAAAUAUUUGGCUUGAUAUAUAUAUAUAUAUUUUAAUGAAAACCCACAUGAGGCAGAAGGCCAAGGAACACGCGUCACAGUGAUUGUAGCAUAAAGGAAAUAAGGCUGGGAUUUUAUGAAGCAUGCGGGGGAGGAGGCAGGGCUCUGGGCAGUCCUAAGCUGUGGAAUCUGGGACCAGGCCAAGUAUGAUCAGAUCUUCAAGCGGCAAAGGGCCUCUUUGGCCAUUUGGGGUUACAGAGUGGGGUUACAGAGGACCAAAAAGCUGGGAUGCUGUCCAGGAGGCAGCAGACCGCUUGCCUCAUUGAAAACAGGAAUUUAUGUUCAAAUCUACCGUCCUUUUGACUGUCACAGCACCACUGUCAUUCUGUUCUCUAGCUAUGCUGCACCACCGGUAACUCCCAGAAUCCCAUAUGCGCUUGCCUUUGGGUCUUUGCACCUACUGCUCUUCACUGAAGAACAUUUUCCCCGUGGGACUCUGAGCAUAUAUAUAUAUAUUUUUUUUUUGAUUACACAACUUUUUUUAAAAAUGUUUUUACACAGUAUUUCACAAUGUCUU